AAAAAAAAAAAAAAAAAGGUUGCUCUCCGGUUCCAAAGGCUGGGUCAUCCCUGCUGCAGGCUUUAGCACUGACUCUGGGUGCAGGGCUCUCUGUCUCUGGGCUGGUGGUGCAUGGUAGGAGUUAAAUCACGUAGCCAAGAUGUCAAAGAGUGACCCUCGGGACAUUGAUGAGGAUGCCAUCCUCAGGGGCCUCAGUGCUGAGGAGCUGGAGCAGCUUGAUUAUGAGCUUCAGGAAAUGGACCCUGAGAACGCCAUCCUUCCAGCCGGCUUCCGUCAGCGUGAUCAGACCAAGAAGAAUCCAACAGGGCCAUUUGACCGCAAUGCUCUGAUGGAUUACCUGGAGAAACAAGCAAUGGAACACCAGGACAGGGAAGACCUGGUGCCUUUUACUGGAGAGAAGAAAGGGAAGAAAUUCAUCCCAAAGCCUGGAACAGGACAGAUACCUAUUGAGGAGCAGAUUGAGCUGGAACCAGAGUUGGAAGAAGCCCUGAAAAACGCCACAGAUGCUGAAAUGUGUGACAUUGCAGCAAUCCUGGGAAUGUACACACUAAUGAGCAAUAAGCAGUACUAUGAUGCCCUGGAUACAUUUGGAGCUAUUGCCAAUACAGAAGGCAUCAACAGUGUGGUGAAGCCUGAUGUGUAUAAGAUCUACCCUGAUGAGCCUCCCAAUGACACUAAUGUUGAGGACACACUGCGCAGAAUAGAGAAGAAUGACAGCAGUCUGAGAGAGGUCAACUUCAACAACAUCCCGGACAUUCCCAUCCCAACUCUGAGAGAGAUCUUCCAUGCUAUGAAGAAAAACACUCAUGUACUGAGCCUGAGCAUUGUUGCUACCCGCAGUAAUGAUCCUGUGGCUCAUGCUAUAGCAGAGAUGUUAACAGAGAAUACCACACUACAGAGCCUGAACAUCGAGUCUAACUUCAUUACUGCAGAGGGAAUGAUGGCCAUCAUUAAAGCCAUGUCUGAAAACUCCACCCUUGCUGAAAUCAAGAUCGACAACCAGCGGCAGAAGCUGGGAGAUUCAGUGGAGAUGGAAAUUGCUUCUAUGUUGGAGAACAAUCCCAGCAUCCUGAAGAUAGGCUACCAUUUCACCCAGCAGGGCCCUCGUGCCAGAGCAGCUAUGGCCAUCACCAGAAACAACGACUACUUCCGCCAGCAGAGGGUAAGCUGAGUCAAAGGCUGCAAUGGUCCCUUUUGGAGCACUCAUGACAAAGUUGUGCCUUAACCAUUCACCACCUCUCAUUGUGGAUAUCAUAGACUCCAGCCCUGCACUUAUUUUUGUAAACACUGGAUUUCAUCAAGGCAAAUGAUUUCUGACUGAAUAAAGAUAAUGUGCCUUCAAUUUA